GGCUGGGCGGCGAGCGAGUGUGAAGGCCGGAGAUCACUCCCGACGUAGGUGGGGUUAGAUGCCAACGGAGUCUGGUAGGGAUCAAAAUUACUAAAGGGGCGUUAGGCACCGCGGGCAACGUUCCCGAGAUACUGCCUUUCCCUUAGGACCAGGCAGAGCCACGACUCCUAAGAUGCACUUGGGCAAUGACGUAACGUGGCGUCGCCAGGGCCUAACUACGAGCGGUUCCAUGGUAACGGUGAGGAGAGUGGUUGGGAGCUGCAGUCAUUUUGCUGCUACCUCAGACUGCUGUAGUCCGAAGGGAUGAGAAAGAGAGGAUAUAUAUCCUUGUCUUUGUAUAUUCAUAUCUUGGCUCUGACAGGAUGCAUUAAAGUGACUGACACUGGGGAGGAAAAUUGGGAACAAAGAUUGGCUGUUGAUUAAUGUUCCUGUUGGCGAAAGUCCUACAAGAAUCCUUCUGGGCUCAAAGGGCAAAAGGAUUGAAGGUGGUGGUUUACCUGCCCUGAGGCAAUCCAUGGAGCCUUGGAGCCAAGUUUGGUUUGCCCAGCCCUAGUAACUGCUAGGCUUUUGUAUAUGAUAAAGGCAAUUGGAAGAUUAAGAAAAACUUAUGAAGUAACUGGGUGAGGAGAAGGAAAAAAAAAGAUUUUUUUAAAACGGAUACGUGUAAACUGGAGAAAGAUCGCCUGAAGUGGAAUCACCGUGGCUGAGUGGCAACGUCCAAAGAAAAUUGAGCUGUCCUGGUUUCAGUUGCGCACAUAUGAAUGCAGGCGGCUGCCUUUCUGAUGUGUAGUUUCUUGCGAUGAAGAAAAACUGCUGAAGUCAUGAGGCUGCUCCAAGCAGAGCCCUCAUGUGAGUCAUACGAAAGCUCCAGCAUUGCUGACCUCUGGCAAAAAGGGAGUGAACAAGGACAGGAGAGGCAGAGGGAGAGAGGUUCAAGUGCCAGGUUUUCUCCUUGAACCUAGAAGAUUAUGGGCCAAGAGCUGUGUGCAAAGACUCUGCAGCCUGGAUGCAGCUGCCAUUGCUGUUGGGAGGGAGGAGAUGCACACAGCCGUCAGAGGAGUGCUCCGGUGAUGAUGGAGGCUGCGAUCAAGCUAACAGACCUAAAAGAAGCAUCAUGUUCCAUGACUUCAUUUCACCCCAGGGGACUUCAGGCUGUCCGUGCCCGGAAGUUCAAGAGUAAAAGGCCACGGAGUAACAGCGAUUCUUUUCAGGAAGAGGAUCUGAGUCAGGGUUUUCAGUGGAGGAAGAGCCUCCCCUUUGGGGCAGCCUCAUCUUACUUGAACUUGGAGAAGCUGGGUGAAGGUUCUUACGCUACAGUUUACAAGGGGAUUAGCCGGAUAAAUGGACAACUAGUGGCUUUAAAAGUCAUCAGCAUGAAUGCAGAGGAAGGAGUCCCAUUUACAGCCAUCCGGGAAGCUUCUCUCCUGAAGGGUUUGAAACAUGCCAAUAUUGUGCUGCUCCAUGACAUUAUCCACACCAAAGAGACACUGACAUUCGUUUUUGAAUACAUGCACACAGACCUGGCUCAGUAUAUGUCUCAGCAUCCAGGAGGGCUUCAUCCUCACAAUGUCAGGCUUUUCAUGUUUCAACUUUUGCGGGGCCUGGCGUACAUCCACCACCAACACGUUCUCCACAGGGACCUGAAACCUCAGAACUUACUCAUCAGUCACCUGGGAGAACUCAAAGUGGCUGAUUUUGGUCUUGCUCGGGCCAAGUCCAUUCCCAGCCAGACAUACUCUUCAGAAGUUGUGACUCUCUGGUACCGCCCUCCUGAUGCCUUGCUGGGAGCCACUGAAUAUUCCUCUGAACUGGACAUAUGGGGUGCAGGCUGCAUCUUUAUUGAAAUGUUCCAGGGUCAACCCUUGUUUCCUGGGGUUUCCAACAUCCUUGAACAGCUGGAGAAGAUCUGGGAGGUGCUGGGAGUCCCUACAGAGGAUAACUGGCCUGGAGUUUCCAAGCUACCUAACUACAAUCCAGAAUGGUUCCCACUGCCUAAGCCUCAGAGCCUUCAGAAUGUCUGCAACCGGUUAGACAGGGCUCCGGAAGCUGAAGACCUGGCCUCCCAAAUGCUGAAAGGCUUUCCAAGAGACCGUGUCUCCGCCCAGGAAGCACUGGUUCACAAUUAUUUCAGGGCCCUGCCUGCUCAGCUGCACCAACUUCCUGAUGUGGAGUCUCUAUUUACAGUUUCAGGCGUGAGGCUAAAGCCAGAAAUGUGUGACCUGUUGGCCUCUUACCGGAAAGGUCACCACCCAGCCGGGUUUAGCAAAUGCUGGUGAAAAGAAAGGGCGAGAUCACCAAGAUUUUCCAGGACUACCUGUAUUGCUGUUUCCGUUUUAAUUUGCUUCCACUUACUAAGAAGCUUCAAAUCUAACUCCACACUGGACCAAGGGUUUUAUACCACCACCUGUGAUGUGGAAUAUUUUAAAUAUGAUGUCCAAGGCAACAGUGCAUAAUACUUGAGGAAAAAGCAAUGAAAGGUUACUGCUGCUGUCAUUUGCCUAGAAUUUAACAGUGAUUGGCUCAAAAAUUAGACAUAGAUUGAAAUCAUCUGAGAAGAGAACUGCUGAAUAAUUUCAUUCAUUACGUUAUUUGAUAGAGUGAUCCUUGGGCCAGAAGGAGAACAGGACAGACGGGAGACAACAAUUGAAAGACUUUGGAGACAGAGCUGGUGCUUGCAGAGGCCUGUCACUCCUGUGGUCACUUACAAUUUCCCGCAACAAAAGGACUUCUGUGGCAAGGAGAGGAUUAGUCUAAAGUUUAGAAAAGUCUACAGGGAAGGUGGUUUCUUGGAUAAAGUUGUCAACGAAAGGAGUCUUGCUUAAGACUCUUUGUUAUGAUUUCCUAGGGGCCGCUUCUUCCUUCACUAACUGGAUUGUCAAAACACAUCACCGCCCCAUCCCAGCCAGAUUUUGGGAGUUUGGAUUGAACUGCUGGUUAGAAUUAAAUUUCAGGCUGUCUCCUUCUACUGAAUCCUAAUUGUCUGUGAUGACAGCAAAAGUGAUGAGUAAUCUCAGCUCUGACUUGAUGGCAGAGAUACUGAAUAGAUAGAUAAGAGCAAAGAGUUCCAAAGUUGUAAUUCAAGUCCUGUUGCACCAUGAGAUACACAUGCUUGUGUGCACACACAUAAGCCUCAAAUAAAAUGAGGGAUCUGUCUCGGCUAACAUGUGUUUCAUUUUCUACAAUGGGUCCUUCUAAAAGAAGCUGGGGAAACUCAAAUUACUUCAUCUGGGGAUGAUCUACUCAGGAAAUGUAGUAGCCUAGAAACCAGAGACCGCUAUAUAGCCUUUAGAAGAACAAGGAUGAACUAAUUAAGAGAGAAUUUAAAAAUAGUACCUAUGCACUCAGAGUCUGAGAUGGAAGGAGGAAAAAUGUACACAGAUGGUCCAAAGAAAUCUACCUUACCGAGUAUUUGAUUUUAGUAAGGCAUUUGACAAAGCCUGUCCAGAUAUACCUGAAAGAUGAAACUGUGUGGGCUGGGUGAUGAGGCAGAUCUAUGUGCUCAAAGAACAGUGGCCUUACUGGAGAAAGGCCAGCAGUGGUGUGGUACAAGUUUCAGCCCUAAGUUCUAUUCUGGUCAAAUGUUUUUAUUAUUAAUCACUUGAAUAAAACUGGAGAAGGCACACAGUUUAUUCAUAUAACUCAUUAAAGUAAGUACUGUUAUUACUCAUUUAUUACUUCCAUUUUACAAAAGAGGAAACUGAGGCUCAGAGAAGUUAACUAACUCCUUUGUGGUAGGACAGCAGAGGUAAGGUACACACCUGAGGUCUGGCAGUCUCCAAUGUCUAUGAUCUUUCCAGUAAUCACAUACCUAUCAUAUCUGUAGCAUACACAACUCUUGAAGAGGCAGCUGACACCUAGCAUUGGAUCAUGAUUCAAAAGCCUGAGAUCUUGCUAAAAGCUAAUGUGUAGCAUUACACAUCUAUUAGAAUGGUCAAAUUCCAGAACACUGACAGCACCAAAUGCUGCCAGGGAUGGGGAGCAACAGGAACUCUCAUUGUUGGUGGAAGUGCAAAAGGGUACAGCCACUUUAGAAGACCGCUUGGCAGUCUCUUACAAAACUAAGCAUACUCUUACCAUAGAUCCAGCAAUCAUGCUUCUUUGUAUUUACCCAAAGGAGCUGAAAAGUUAUGUCUACACAAAAACCUGCACACAGAUGUUAAUAGCAGCUUUAUUCAUAAUCGCCAAAACUUUAAAACAACCAAGGUGUCCUUUUGUAGAUAAGUGGAUAAAUAGACUGUGGUACAUCCAGACAAUAGAAUAUUAUUCAACAGUAAAAAGAAAUGGAACGAUCAAGCCAUGAAAAGACAUGGAGGAACCCUAAAUGAAUAUUACUAAGUGAAAGAAGCCGAUCUGAAAGUCACAUACUACAUCAUUACAACUAUUUGACAUUCUGGAAAAGGCAAAACUAUAGAGACAGUAAAAAG